GUUGACUCUUUGGCCCUGAGGAAGAGGCCUAACCUGCUUUAAAGUUUUGCUAGCCUCCUGCUUCAGUGCUGGCUUCCCUUCCUGCUCCAUACUCCUGUGUCCCUCUGAGGUCCACAAAGUCACCUAGAGAGUGGCCAUACACAGCUGGGCUGAUGCAAGACUCUUGGAAGGGAAAAGCUACAGGUGUGUUUGUGCAGGAAGGAGCAUGACCCUCUACCUUGGUAACUUCUCUCCCUCCUAAGAAGUAUAAAUACAACUCCACCACUUGCUCAACUAUACAUCUGCCACCAUGAGCACACUUCUGAUCCUCGCCCUUGUGGGAGCUGCUGUUGCCUUCCCCAUUGAUGAUGAUGACAAGAUCGUUGGGGGCUACACCUGUGCGGCAUACUCCGUCCCCUACCAGGUGUCCCUGAACAGUGGCUACCACUUCUGCGGAGGCUCCCUCAUCAAUAACCAGUGGGUGGUGUCUGCGGCUCACUGCUACAAGUCCCGCAUCCAAGUGAGACUGGGAGAGCACAACAUCAACGUCCAGGAGGGGAAUGAACAGUUUAUCAAUGCAGCCAAGAUCAUCCGCCACCCCAACUACAACAGCAACACCCUCAACAAUGACAUCAUGCUGAUCAAGCUUGCCUCACCCGCAUCCCUCAACUCCCGGGUGGCCACCGUAUCCCUGCCUUCCUCCUGUGUGUCUGCUGGCACUCGGUGCCUCAUCUCUGGCUGGGGCAACACCUUGAGCUCUGGUGUCAACAACCCAGAUUUGCUGCAGUGCCUGGAUGCCCCUGUGCUCAGUCAGUCUGCGUGUGAAGCCUCCUACCCUGGAGAGAUCACCAGUAACAUGUUCUGUGUUGGCUUCCUUGAGGGAGGCAAGGACUCUUGCCAGGGUGACUCUGGUGGCCCUGUGGUCUGCAAUGGAAAACUCCAAGGAAUCGUCUCCUGGGGCUAUGGCUGUGCUCUGAAGAAUCUUCCUGGAGUCUACACCAAGGUGUGCAACUAUGUGUCCUGGAUUCAGCAGACCAUCGCUAAAAAUUGAGCCCUCAGUCCUGUUGCC